AUGACUGCCGAAUUCCACAAACAACAUCGUCCGUCCCAAGCGGGACGGAAAAAGGACAAAAAGGCCGGUCCUGGAAAGGCUGCGGUACGACAAAACCCCAAAGCAUUCGCCGUAUAUAGGGGAUCAAAAGCAGCAAAAUCUGGACAAAGGACUGCCGACAAGAAAGAGGCAAAAUUUCAUGUCCCGCUCGUAAAUAGAACUCCAGAUUUAGAUCCUCCCCCACUGGUUGUUGCAAUUGUUGGUCCUCCUAAUGUUGGAAAAUCAACACUUAUCCGAUCGUUGGUCAAAAGAUUUUCUCGCCAAAACCUAUCAAAAGUAUCAGGACCCAUAACUGUAGUGAGCGGAAAGUCACGGCGAAUUACGCUUCUGGAGUGCCCAAACGACCUCGGCGCAAUGAUAGAUGUUGCAAAGAUAGCGGAUCUUGUUGUUCUUUUGAUUGAUGCCUCUUAUGGAUUUGAAAUGGAAACCUUUGAAUUUCUUGCUAUUGCCUCUUCGCAUGGAAUGCCCAAAGUCAUUGGUGCCAUGACCCAUUUGGACACUUUCACAUCUCCUGAAGCGUUGAAAAAGUCAAAACAUGCACUUAAGCACAGAUGGUGGUCAGAGACCCACUCUGGGGUCAAAUUGUUCUCACUCUCCGGUGUUGUCGGUGGAAACUCCCAAACACCGGGUGACUCCAGAACCCCUUUGUAUUAUCCAAGGGAUGUAUUAAAUCUGUCUCGCCUUCUGGCUGUAGCAAAGCCUCGUCCUAUAAUUUGGAAAAAUACAAAUUCAUAUUUGCUGAUUGACCGGAUUGAGGAUCUCACACCACCCGAUAUUCUACGGGAAGCUCCGCACUCUGACAGAAAAGUUGCGCUUUAUGGAUGGACAAGAGGCUGUACUCUUCGACCUCCAUUGAAUAUUUCAACCCCUAUCUCUGCCCAUGUUCCAGGUAUUGGUGAUUUAUCGUUGAAUUCUAUCACGAGAUUGGAAGAUCCAUGUCCGACUCCUGAGCGUUUGAAAGCCAGCUUGAAGGCCCCCGUGGAAGCAGACCAGAAACAGUCGAAAAGACCAAGGGCUACUCUCAAAGACCUGGAGCGAAGACUUUAUGCUCCCAUGGCGGACGUGGCUGGAAUUCUCUAUGAUAAAGAUGCAGUAUACUUGGAUAUUCCAGACUCCAGAGCCAAUAUAAACGAAGAUGGAGAAUUGACGAUUUUGGACGAAUUAAAGGGAACAUCGUUUCAGUCUCUUGAUGAUCGUUUAAGAAAAUCUGAUGUCCAAAUGUUUAGCAAAAAGUCACCUACGUUUAUGGUGGAGAAUGAGGAAUCAGACUAUGAUACAUAUGGUGGAGAAGAGGAUAUUCUAAAUGAAUCGGAUGAUGCUUACAGCACCGAUAUUAAUGCAGUCGAUGAAUAUGGCAGUGCUGAUGAAGCCAAUGACAUGCUUGACGCAUCUUGCUCCGAAGAAGAUUCAGAUAUCGAGCAGUUCUACAACAAUGACGAGAGCGGCGAUCCAAUCGACCUGUUCACCAAAUUCGAAGCUCAAGAUGAUCAUUUGUGCCUGAAAGAUGAGGACAACCCUGCUUUCCUCGAUUCAAAAUGGAAAGAAGCACUCGCCUCCAGAAGAAAAGCAAUGCCCCCAGCGAGAUCUUCCAUACAAGCACAGGUUUAUGGCGACUAUAUCUCCUCAAAAAGUGAAUUUAAUUCUGCUCGUGCAAAUAGAGCUAUCAAAAGCGGCUCUAAACGCCUUUUUUCUGAUUCCGAAGAAUCUGACCUUGAAAACGUUGCUACUGAUGUCGAAAGCGAGGCGAACGACGGAUUUUUCACGCUAAACAAAUCUGCCAAUUCUCCCUCCAAUGACCAGGAAAUUAACCCCAAUGACAUCACGGAUGCAUCUGAUUUACAAGCAUUGGAUGUUCUUAAACGAACUAGAUUCGUUUCCGGCGCGAUGAACGGCUCGCAAGGUUUCUCGGAGAGCGAGGAUUUCGAGGACCUUGAAAAGGGUUUGGCGGGCGGCCUUUCUGACGGCGAUGAUGAAGAUGCCAAAGACGAACUAUCUAAAAAGAAAACUGACAUCAAAAAGCGAUUUGACAUCGAGUAUGAUACAGGAAAAAGAACCCUGACGUCCAAAGAAAUGAAGAUUGCAGAAGAUGACGACAUGUUUGCUGCUGCAAAAAGAUCAAUGGCGGCGCAAGAAGCCCUAAAUCGGGCUGCGUUUGAGGACGAAUCGGUUGACGUGUCCGAUCAAAUUCGAGGAUUUCUUCCCGGAACAUAUGUCAGGAUAAUCCUUGAAAAGGCCCCAGCUGAAUUGAUCGAAUAUUUCGACCCUUCCUUUCCCAUCAUAGUGGGAGUGGUUCCGUUUGGGUCUGAAAAUGCCAAAUUUGGAACAAUUCACGCCAGAGUUAAAAAGCAUCGCUGGCAUGAGACGAUCCUGAAGAGCGACGAGCCACUUAUAUGGAGCGCUGGAUGGCGCAGAUUUCAAUCGAUCCCUUUAUUUUAUACGCACGACCGAGGUGCUCGCGUGGAUUCUGGAGCUUCCAGAAGACGCAUGAUCAAGUACACCCCUCGUCAUUCGCAUUGCAUGGCUGCUUUCUAUGGACCUUUACUUCCAAAUAACACUGGCAUUGUGGCAUGUCGUUCUGUCAAGUCUACAUGUUCUGGCUGGAGAUUGGCGCUUACCGGCAUUUCUCUUGAAUCUUCCUCCAGCGCAGAUGGAGAUGACCAGCAAAAGUCGGGUCUGGUCAAAAAACUCAAACUUACCGGGACCCCCUUGAAGAUUGCUAAGCAUACUGCUUUGAUCAAAGACAUGUUCAACUCCGCUCUCGAGGUCGCCAAGUUUGAAGGUGCUGCAUUGCGAACGGUGUCUGGAAUCAGAGGCUCCAUUAAAAAGGCCGUUCAUGAGGGCCCUGCUGGCACCUUUCGCGCUACUUUUGAAGAUAAGCUCCUGAUGUCUGACAUUGUCUUUUUGCGGGCAUGGACGCAAAUAUCGCCUCGAUCUUACUACAAUCCAAUCACAUCCCUACUAUUAAGAAACAAAUCGGAUUGGGUCGGAAUGCGCUUGAAUUGGGAAAUUAGACGCGCGCUCGAUGCACCAAAGCCGGCAUCCCAAAAGCCAUCUUCAGUCUAUGACACCAGAUCUACAGAGGAGGACAGGACUCAGCAUCGACGAUUCAAUCCGCUUCAUAUUCCUAAGAAGCUCGAGGAAUCUCUUCCAUUUGCCUCCAAGCCCAAAAUGCAGACGGCCUCGGCAAAAACGAAUAAGAAACAGCCCAUUAACCAAGCCCUGGCUGUGAUUCGUGACGAAAAAGAGAAGAAAGUUGCAUCUCUCAUCCAGGAACUCGGGACGCUUAAACAUGCAAGGGACGAGAAAAGAAAAUUAGAGGAGCAGAAAAAACGUAAAUUAUUGCAAGAAAAGCAAAACAAAAAAAUGUCCAAAGAGGAAACUAAAAAACCAAGCUGGAUCUCUAAAAAGAACAAGUCUUCCCGCUAA